CAUCAUCACCACCAUAAUUCCUCCUCUCAUUCCCAACUCCCAUCCUCGUCCCUUGUGACUAUCAGCCCACCAUGGCCGAUGACGAAGAGCGCAUCAAGGCCGAGAAGCUAGCGGCUGCGAAGAAAAGGGUUGCCCAACUCCAAAAACAGAAAAAAAAGGCGAAUAAGAAGGCUGCUAGUGGGGAUGUUUCGAAGGAGGCUACGACUGCGGCCACGGCUGCCGCUGCCGCUGCUGCUGUUGCGGAGGUUGAGGAGUUGACGCAGGGGAAGGAUGGUGCUGCUGCUGCUGCUGCUGCUGUUACGUCGUCGUCGUCGCCGACACCGACACCGACAUCGCCGGCUGCUGGAGAGGGGGAAGGGGGGGAGGUGAAGGAGGAGGAGAAGGAGCAGGUUAAGGUUGAAGGCACAGGAACAGAGACAGCAGCAGGAUUGGAUGAGAGUGCAGAGAAGAAUGAGGAACAGACAGCUGCGGCAGAGGAUAAAAAGGAAGUGGAAGCUGAGGGAGCGAGCGAGCCUAUGCCUGAUGCGCCUACGUCUGAUGCGCCGACGUCUCCCGGUCCGGAAGUCGAAGCACAACCUGCUACGAUAGGGAGGUCGGCGCACGGUAGGCAGCCUUCGUUGUCGAUUCAGUCGAAGAUGCGGUCGUCGUCGUUCCGGAAGGGGUCAGUGUCGCAGGGUAGCGUGUCGCCGUCGCCUGGGGCGAUGUUGAAGUCGCCGUCGUUGCCGCCGUUGAGUGCGGAUGGGGAGUCGGUGCAGGAGGUGUACCGGAAGCAGUCGACGCGGAUUGAGGAGCUGGAGAAGGAUAAUAAGCGGUUGGAGAAGGAGUUGGAGGAGGCGACGGGGCGGUGGAAGAAGACGGAUGAGCAGUUGGAGGAUUUGCGGGAGGCGAGUGUUGAUGUCGCUGAAUUGAAGGAUAAGUUGCAAAAGGCGGAGGAGAGGGUCGCGGAGAUUGAUGAGUUGAAAGCAGAAAUUGCGUCGCUGCAGCGACAGAACUCGCAUCUGCAAACCCGCACGCAUAGGAGCAAUGCUAGUGUUUCGGUGCCGGCCCCGUCGGAGUCUCCGCCGGCGGAUCUGGUGCAGCAGUUGGAGUCGAAGUCGGCGACCAUUGAAGCUAUGGAGUUGGAGAUCUCGAAUCUUCGCGCGCAGCUGUCCUCGAGCAGUGCUCAUGAGGCGCAAAUAGCAGCGUUGGAAGACAAGCUGUCUGGCAGUGAAUCUGCGCUGGAGAAGGCCCAGAACGAGCUCGCUGACACCAAGGCCGCGCUGACCCGCGCAUCCGAGAAAGCAGUCAAGGAGUGCGUGGACAAGACCUCGACGGAGACGCUGAUCAAGAACCUCCAGCGGGAGAUCGAAGAGCUCAAGCAGGAGAAGACCGGAGCAGACAAGAAAACCGAGACAUUGGAGAAGAAACUUGAAGCAAUGGGCAACCUGCACAAGGAAUCCGAAGCACGGCACCAAACCCGUCUGCGCGAGACGGAGAAGAUUGAAAAAGAGGCCGCCGUGCUCCGGAAGAGACUGGCAGACGUCGAGAACGAGAACCUCCGUCUCAAGGAAGAGCAGGAGGCGCUUCGCAAACGACAAUCCGGCGAAGGCGGCACCGACGACGAUGCCCUCGACGAACUGGAGGACGAAGAGCGCUCUCGCCUGCAGCGCCGCAUUCGCGACCUCGAAGGCGAAGUCUUCGACCUCCGCCGCGGUGUCUGGCAAGAACGCCGUGAAGAACUCGCCGGUGACCACCAACUCCACUCCCCCUUCGCGCCCGACCACCUUGCUUCAACCGCCGCCUCUGCAGCCAACACCUUCGACGACGUCGACCUCAUCGGCGGAACCCCCGACCACGCCCGCCGCCGCAGCAUGGCCAACAACAAGAACCAGCACUCCUCCUUCUCCACCGUCCUCUCCAGCGGCAUCGCCGCCUUCACCGGGGGAAACACCUUCUACGGAAACCGUGGCCGCGCCGGCUCGAACCAGCAACACCACCCACCUGCAACACGGGGCAGUCUCGAGCUCCUCUCCGAAGAGAACUUCGACGACGAGUUCGACGAAGCAGAGUUCGCACGGGCCCAAGCCGAAGAAGAAGCCCGCAAACGAGUCGAAUGGGUCCGUGAAAUCAAGCGCAAGCUCAAGGACUGGCACGGAUGGCGAUUGGAUCUGGUCGAUAGUCGAGCCGGUGCUGAGGGUGCCGGAGUCGGAAUGGGUGAGAUUUUCCAGAUCUAGUCUUUCUUCCUCUUCAUUCCGGCUCCCGUUUCUUUCUCCUUGUUUGGCGCCAGCCUAUACAACUUAUUCGGUGGCAUUGAUGUUUCUUUCUCCAUGAGAAUUGACUUGACUUGUUUAUGAUACCGUGGAUGUGGUCUGGAUUGGGUUUUGUUGAUGAGGAUUAGCUAGCUAGAGUUCUAUGGGUUAGCUUAGCUUAGCGUUAGCUGGAUGGAGUAUUACGGCUGGGUUUGAGUUCUUAUUAGGUAGGCGUCGAUGGCAUAUACAGUUUCCGUGGGGGGCUGUAUCGUUACUAUGUACCUGGUUUCCAUGGGGUUGUCUUUCUAUACUGUAACGGAUGUACAGAGUACGGAAAUAGGGAUUGGGAUUGGUCACGAGGUAGGUAUGAGUACCCUGCUCACUGAACGAAGGGGGAAAGAAUUAAAC